CUCUUAUCUUCACGUCUCAGGCUCCGUCUCCAUCGCCCCUGUUGACACUCUCCAGCUCCCCUAAUUCGAGCCCUAAUUUCCCAUCAUUUUCCCCCAAAUUUCGAUCGCCGAUCGCUCCGUUCUUCCACCGCGAUCUCGCCGAUCGCCUACGGAAUUCGAGCUCGAAUCGGAAUCCCCCGAACGACCGGCGACUCGGUGGACGAGGUUGCGACUCGGGCCUUCGGAUUAGGGCUUUGGUUGGGGGAUGGCGGUGUCGCUGGAGGACAUCUUGCAGUCCGUGGAGCUUUGGUUGAAGCUGAUCAGGAAGCCCCAGCCCUACGUUGACCCGAACCUCGACCCGGUUCUCUUGGUGCCCGGAGUCGCCGGAUCGGUAUUGCACGCCGUGGACGGUAGCAACGGCAACGACGAGAGGGUCUGGGUUCGGAUUUUCGGCGCUGAUCAGAAGUUCCGCAACAAGCUCUGGUCUCGCUUUGAUCCUGCCACCGGUAAGACCGUUUCUUUAGAUCCUCAAACAAACAUCGUGGUUCCUGAAGACAGAUAUGGACUGUAUGCGAUUGAUGUUUUGGACCCUGAUAUGGUCAUUGGGCGUGAUUGUGUAUACUAUUUCCAUGACAUGAUAGUCGAAAUGAUCAAAUGGGGUUUUCAGGAAGGGAAGACAUUGUUUGGUUUUGGAUAUGAUUUCAGGCAAAGUAACAGGUUUCAGGAAACAUUGGAGCGUUUGGCUGCAAAGUUGGAAUCUGUAUAUAAUGCUGCGGGGGGGAAGAAGAUGACCAUUAUCAGUCACUCUAUGGGGGGUCUUUUAGUGAAGUGCUUUAUGUGCCUGCACAGUGAUAUUUUUGCGAAGUAUGUGAAGAAUUGGAUUGCUAUAGCUGCACCUUUUCAAGGUGCCCCCGGAUAUGUCACAUCUACCUUUCUGAAUGGGAUGUCAUUUGUGGAUGGCUGGGAGCAAAACUUUUUCAUUUCAAAGUGGAGCAUGCAUCAGCUGCUGAUUGAAUGCCCAUCAAUCUAUGAAUUGAUGGCAUGUCCAAACUUUAACUGGCAACAUGCCCCGAUGUUAGAGAUCUGGAGGAAGAAACUUGAUGAUUGUGGUGAUACCCGUAUGAUCCUCGAGUCUUACACCCCUUCUGAGAGUGUAAAUAUAUUCUCUGAAGCACUUUCAAGUAAUACGGUUGACUAUAAUGGUGAGAGCAUUCCCUUACCAUUUAACCAGGAAAUCUUGAAAUGGGCUCAUGAGACACGCAAGAUUUUAUGUUCUGCUAAAGUCCCGCCCGGGGUGAAAUUCUACAAUAUAUAUGGGACCAAUUUGGAGACACCACACAGUGUUUGCUAUGGCAGUGAGGAGAUGCCUGUUACGGACCUGCAAGAACUUCAAUUUUACCUGCCCGAUUAUGUAUGUGUUGAUGGUGAUGGAACGGUUCCGACUGAAUCAGCUGAGGCAGAUGGGCUUGAUGCGGUUGCAAGAGUUGGAGUACCUGGGGAGCACCGGGGAAUUCUAUGUGAUCAUCAUGUUUUCCGCAUUCUGAAGCACUGGCUAAAUGCAGAUUCAGACCCAUACUACAACCCGCUCAAUGACUACGUGAUUCUACCCACUGUGUUCGAGAUGGAAAGACGCCACGACAAGGGCAUGGAGGUGACUUCACUCAAAGAGGAGUGGGAAAUCAUUUCAAAUGAUGCCAGUGAUGACCAAGGAGAGAUGACCAUAAUGCCCUCGGUGAGCAAUAUAUCCGUUUCUCAAGAUGGAGGUUAUCAAUCUUCUCGGGCCGAGGCUUGUGCCACUGUGAUCGUGCACCCCCAAAGCCAGGGUAAGCAACAGGUGGAGCUCAAUGCCUUGAGUGUAUCUGUUGAUGCCUAAAUUUAGUUACUUGCCCAUUAUGAAAGAAAAGCCCGGAAUUGGGGUAGUGCUGUGUAUGGUUUCAGUCGUGUACAAAGUGUGCGUCUUGUAAAUAUAAAUAUCACUGGUGGCAAUUGCCUUGAUGAAACAUAACAUUGAAAGAUCGUACUGGGGUUUGUAAUUGAAGACCCAUAUUAUUUUAAUGGAAAACAAUUGUACAUGUGCUAUUAGAAGUCCAUUUUCCAGGAAGGUUGGGCAACUUCUUAUG